AUGCAUCUUCCCGGUCCCUGGUCCCUGCUUAAGGGCCUGCUGGUCACGCUACUUGUAUCAGAUCGUGUACAUGCAAUUGAUCUCGAUAUCACAAGCGAAGAUUCUAUUAAGGAUGCCGCCUCGACAUCAGUAUAUGCCAUGAUGACCUACUACAAGGGAAACUUAACAGGUCACAUCCCCGGAGCAUUUGCCAGUAAAUGGUGGGAGGGAUCAGCGCUAUUCUUGGCGCUACUUCAGUACUGGCAUUUCACCGGCGAUUCUACCUAUAAUGAGGAAAUGCGUAUCGGAAUGCAGUGGCAGGCGGGUAGCGGCGAUUAUAUGCCUAAUAAUUACAGUAGUUACCUGGGAAAUGAUGAUCAAAUGUUUUGGGGCCUUGCGGCCAUAAUGGCGGCAGAGGUCAAUUUCAACGACUCUUCAUCUGGAUACUCAUGGUUGUCUUUGGCGCAGGGCGUCUUCAACACUCAGAUCAACAGAUGGGAUAAGACUGCCUGCAGUGGAGGAAUGCGUUGGCAAAUCUGGCCCUACCAGUCCGGCUAUACUAUGAAAAACUCGAUUGCGAAUGGAGGCCUAUUCCAACUGGCGGCACGACUUGCUCGCUAUACUGGUUCAACCACCUACUCAAAUUGGGCAAUCAAGAUCUGGGACUGGUCUUUAUCCACGCCACUGCUUAGCAACACGACCUGGAACGUCGCCGAUUCGACUAACAUGGAAGACAGCUGUUCUACACAAGGAAAUACACAGUGGAGUUAUAAUUACGGUACUUACUUGAUGGGCGCUGCUUAUAUGUAUAACUAUACUAACGGCAGCUCUACCUGGCUUACUGCGGUAAAUGGACUAUUGAACAAAACCCUCGACACCUUCAUUGUGGAUGGAGUUCUAAAGGAAGUCACUUGUGAACCGUCAGAAAUGUGUAACGACAACGAGAUUCUCUUCAAGGGACUCGUCUCGUCCUGGUUAUCUUUCACUGCGAUUUUAGUCCCAUCAACAUACUCCACUAUUCUCCCAUACCUCCAAAAAUCCGCAAAAGCAGCCGCUCUAUCCUGCACUGGUCACAACAAUAACACCUGCGGAGUUCGUUGGUACCUAUCCAAGUAUGACGGCUGGAUUGGUAUGGAAGAGGAGAUUUCCGCAACAAAUAUCUUCGUCGCGAACCUGAUAGCCUUUCAAAAGUCGGGUCCUGUCUCAUCCAGUACUGGAGGAACUAGUACCAGUGAUCCUACCGCUGGUGAAAAUGACACAACCUCUUCGACUGAGAAGCAGUCGACUAUAACAACGGGUGACAGGGCUGGGGCUGGUAUCUUGACCUUUGUCUUCGCCCUUGGCUGGAUCGGCUUGAUGGCUUGGACUGUCAAAGGGGCUUGA